UCUCGGGAAGGUCACGGGUGCCGUGCGGAGCUGUCACACUCUUGGGCAUGCCGUUUCGGCAUUUUUAAAGCCAGCCCGACGUUGAUAGGAAAGCAUAAAACAUUUGAGGAAAUGAAUUCGACGAGCCCACCACGCGCAGCGGAACGGAACCGUCCUUUUCCCAGAGGGCGCCUCUGAAACCGAGUCCCGCCAGUCAGACACCAGCCAGCAAAGGGUAGGGGAAGCCCCGCCUCCAUCCGCUUCUCCAAGUACCCAUUGGCUGACUCUGCGGCCAGAUCUUUAAUCUCAUUGGUCGAUCCGGAUGUCGCUCCAUGCCGGCGUUCCAGAGCCAGCCACUGAGAGUCGCGGAGUUGGGGAUUUUAAAAAUGCGGUGGGCGGGGCGGCUGGAUGUUUGAACUGAUGGCGGCGCAGCCCCGGCGUCCGUGAAGCCGGUGGUUGGCUCGCCCUCGCGUCCGGUUCUUGCCCCGAGACCCGAAAGCCUUAGCGGAGGCGGCGGAGCCCGGACCCUCGCGGCCAGCCAUGGGCCCGCGCCGCAAAACGAGGACCCCGGCGAGGCGGCCCUCCAGCCCGGUCCGCACGCCCUCACGGCCGAGCCCGAGCCCGCGCCGCCAGCCGAGGACCCCGGGGAGGCGGCCCUCCAGCCCGGACCCCCGGCCCUCGCGAUCGACCUCCCGUGUGGGUCUACAAAGGAGGCGGAGAUUUCUGUGGCUUAAGGAAGUGAAGAACCUGCAGAAGAGCACAGACCUCUUGUUAAGGAAGAAACCUUUCAGCCUGGUUGUAAGAGAAAUAUGUGGGAAAUUCAGUCGUGGUGUGGAUUUAUGUUGGCAAGCCCAGGCCUUGUUGGCCCUUCAAGAGGCAGCAGAAGCGUUUCUAGUUCACCUCUUUGAAGACGCCUACCUCCUGUCCUUACAUGCUGGCCGAGUCACUCUUUUCCCCAAGGACGUGCAGCUGACCAGGAGGAUCCGAGGCAUCGAGGGAGGGCUUGGCUGAGCUGGCAGUGUGCUGUGUCCAGACAAUACCCGGGACCUUCUAGAGGUGAAGCUAGACCAGUGGGGCCUGAGGAGCUGCCUGGUUUUUGCUGGUUUUGAACAGCGCGGACACAUUGCCCUUUAAACCUUCUUUCUAAAAGAGACGGCUAUGUGGCUUUUUCCUGUGACAGGAAGAAGAGACCACUCACAUAUUUGCAUGGACAUGAGACCAAAGGUCAACUUUGAUUUGUGAACUGCAGGACCGUGACUGUUUGAGGGUUUCAGACACAUGAGAUCUGCCAUGUUAUGAGGGAAUAUUGCUAUUUUAAUCUUUCUGUACUAUGUGCAUCUUUUACCAUAUGUGUAUUUGUACUUUUAUUUAAAAUAUGAGGGAGAAAAAUAUGGGUAAAAUUCCUGAAUCUGUCAUAUAGAAAGUGCUGCCAGUCCUGCCAUACAAAUGCAUGCCUUCCAGACCGAACUCAUCGUUGGCCUGUCAGCAAACACACAGCUUUUCAGAACUCAAGCAGAAUUGGAUACAAAGUCUUUUCUUCCUUCUCUUCAAUGCUGGGGCUUGAAUCCAAAAUUUUGUACAUGCCAAGCAUAGACGGUAAUGUUAAGCUACAUCCGCAGCCUGAAAUAUAUCUUUCUGGUUCUUACCUAUAAAUUCCUACCAGAGGCAUUCAGAAAGUCUUGUAGAAGUGGACAUUUUAGUCUUAGCUAUAAAUCAUAUAAAAUGUAUAUCAUCUGGGGUUUUAAUGUGUUUUUAGUAUUUUUACAAGUUAUUUUUAGCUUAUUUGGGGAGAAAAUAAAAAAGAAUUACUUAAUAGAAAGAUUGAAACAAGUUACUGUUAUAAGUGUAGAUGUUAUAAGCUUGUUUAAUAAAUAUUAAGCACAUUUUACACCAUUUGAAACAAUUGCAAUGUAAACAAGAGAAGUGAGUGCUGCAGAUUUGCCGCUGAUGAAAAACUUGCCCUUUUGUUGUCAAUAAAAGCAAUGUAAGAGGUUUCCAGAAAAAUGGGGCGUGCUACCUUUGGACUUGAGAUGCUGAGGUGAAAAUAGCAGUGAGCACAGACUGAUGAAGCUGACUGAACUCAGGCCAAAGCAAAGUUCCAGGUUUCACCAUUCAAUGAACUUUACCCUUUGCAGAAAUUUACCAGGUGAUUAGGACAUAUGCCGCCAUUCAAAUAAAGCUCAUCUGUGCUA